GACGUUACGUAUAUUGUGAUGCAUACCGUAUCCCUGGAAAAAUGAAGGUCCGCGGCAAAGUCCGGUUGUUGUGCGAGUUUUGCAAGAAGGCUGUCGUCCGAUUAAACCGGGACCAGCACUACGUUUACAUCUACUGUACCAAGAAUGCACGGCAUAAGCAGCGAUCAAAGUUUCUGUCGAUGAGCACGCAAGCGGAGCAUGACCACGCACCAGCUGGGCCCAUAUCACUGCCUUGCCUCCCAGAGCCAACCUAUGCCCGUGUACAGCAGCACAUGCUCAACAACGUUGCCCGGGGUCUGCUUGGGAACCGCCACACCUCAGUGCUUGGGGAGCUGUACUGGCGCUCCGCGACGCAGGGGCAAGGGCAGUGAAGGGAAAGCGCAUAGGGCAUGAGGGGGCGGGAUUGGGGCAAACAUUGGGCCAUUUUGUGGGAACCUUUUGCGAUGUACUGUUGGGGUUGGAGCUUUGGGGAGACGCAUAGACGUCGUUUCUGGACAAUGCAGGGCUAGGGACGAUGCAGGGCUUAUGGGGAUGUGCAUUUUGGCUUAAAUGGCUGUUAGCAACAAGGCCACAACGAAGUCUACGACACCUACGUGCUCUAUGACGCUAGUGGCUGAGGAAUGCAAGGACUGGCUUACUAGGUGACGACUACGUCUUACAAACUGUUGACGCCAGUGACCGUUCGCAAGGAGCUAUGUACGCUCGUAGCUGUUCAGUGCGCUCCUACGCUGCGCUUGGGAUAGGUGGGGAUGCGAGGAGGUGCAUGGGUAAAGGAUAUAAGUGUAGGAUCUUACAAAACGGGCCAGCAGCUCUGCGCUUACGCGCCCAGCGUUUCAUUUGCCGGCUGCAGUGGGCAGUGCCUGCAUGUUUGUGAGCACUUACGAUUCGCGGUGUUUACGAACCUGCAACGGUGUCCUCUUUCAA